AAACUAUUUUAAAUAUGAAUUCUAAUAUGAAUGGAAAAAGUCCACAUUUUCUUGUUAGUCGACUGUUAGAAGAUACUAAAGUAUUUGAUAAUGAAACAUCAUCAUCUAAAAAUCAACUUGAUAAUAGUUUGGAUGAUACUGACAAUGUUGUUUAUGAUAAUAGUGAUGAUGAAUAUUCACAACAGACGAACAUGGAUGAAUUAGUUCAUAAUAAUACUUAUAAACUACUAUCCAAAUCUGAUGAUGAUGAUCAAUUCAAUACUUCUGAUCAAUCCAUAAAUCUCUCUAAACAAUUCUUAUAUUCAAAUCAGUAUCAAUCGGACAAUUAUCAUCAUUAUAAACAAACAUUAAUACCUGAAAUACAUAAUUUUUAUGACCAUCAUAAAUCUGAAAUCACCAAUCAAAUCUUAUUGGAUUCAUUACAUAUGCUCUGGUCAAAUCAAUGCUCUGUAUUGAAUUCAUCAGAAUUAGUAAAACUUUUUAAACAAUAUAUAGAAUCAUAUCGUCAUAAUGUAUCAAAUACUAAGUCAUUAUCAAUACCAACAUCCAUAACACCAAUAACAACUAACACUAGUAAUACUUCAACUAUUAACAAUAAUUUUAUCAAAACUAAUGAAGGUUUAAUAAGAAAUCAUAAUCCAACCAAUACUUGUCAUUUAUAUGAACAUAAUCAAUCAUGUCUUCAAACAAUUCCUUCGAAUUUAAUUAAUUUAAAAUCUAACAAUGAAAUAAAACAUUCCUCAAAUGUUAUAAAUAAUAAUAGCAACAAUAUUAAAUUACAUUCUUAUAAUCAACACCACUUAACUCAUAAUGGAGUUGAGGAAAAAUUAUUAAACAAUAGAAGUGAAACAUUGAAUACGAUUGUUCAACAGUCCAACCGGGAUACUAGUGAUACUACCACUACUAAUACUAUCAAUACUACUACUGCUACUAUUAAUAGUAAUAACAAUAAUAAUAAUAGCAGUAAUGAUAAUGAUGAUGACAGAAUGUCAUCAAAUCUUCACACAGUGAUACGACGUAGAAAACGUCGUAUCUUAUUUAGUAAAUUACAAACUGCUAAACUUGAAGAGUGUUUCAACGAACAAAGAUAUUUAACAGCUUCUGAAAGAGAACAUUUAGCUAGAAUAUUGAAUUUAACACCGACACAAGUUAAAAUUUGGUUUCAAAAUCAUCGUUAUAAAAUGAAACGUGCAACACAAACUGAUGAAAUCUCUCCAAAUACAUUGAUAAAAAGAUCAAAUAAACUAAUUCCUGUAACAAAUUUGAAUUCAUCAUCUCCAUGGAAUACACAAUAUUCAACAAAUCAUACAAAAUGGCAAUCCUUAACACAUCAAGAAAGAAAUUCUUUAUUAAAUGGAAUCUAUAGUCCAGAUGAAGUGAAACAAUCUUCAAAUCAUGAUUGCAUGAAUCAGUUAAAGAAUAAUCAUUAUGAAAAUUUGAAAGAAACAAAAGAAAAUGAUCAACAACGACCUAAUUCAGAACAUCUAACUCAAUCGAUUAACAAUACGAAUGCAUUUGAAAAAUCAUGGAUAAAAAAUUGGGUUAAAAUGAUUUCUAAUUCAUAUACAAAUGAUACUCCUAUGAACAUACAAGAUACACAUCAUCUUUAUAAGUCCGAGAAGUUACGAAAUAAUUAUGAUAUAUCUACAAAAAUAAUGAAUAAUCUCAUUGACCGAUGUAAUGAAGAAGUAAAUCAAUCCGGUAUUACAUCAGUAGACAAACUAUAUAAAACAGAACAAUUCAAAUCAUUUAAAAUAUCAAAUGAUAUAAUAUCAUCACAAAAAUUAUUACAAAUAUGUCAGUCUGUUUUAGAAAUAGACCAGUAGACUGAGAUCAGAUAUUACAAAACGAAUUCCUGCCACAUUGUUUUUUAAAAGAUCUGUAAUGUUUUCCGGAGCUUCUAACGAACAUAAAUCUUAGAUUAAUCAAAUGAAAAUGCUGUUUAAAUAUUUAGGGAAUAUUUCGUAUUGUUCAUUUGAGUAGUAUGACAUUGUUUUUUAAAAGAAUUUAUUUCGAUAUUUUAUUAGAUGAUGUAAUAGAUUCUUUUGUUUAGGAAAAUCAAUUCAUUUCAAUGUCUACUUUUAAACUAAAACGAUGACUUAUCGUCUUGAAUAUACCUCUUACUCAAAUUGUCUUCUCAUAAUUAAAUGUUUAUCAUUUGUGCUACUUGUAAGUAAUCAAAUGAAUUCUGUAUAUUUUUCCCAUGAGUUAUAGUAUUUGUCGU